UUUGUGUUAGUGUGUGUAGGUACAACAUUUUUGGCAACAUACUUUUGCGGCAAAUAGAAAUAAAAUUGAAUGGAAGUUAAGCACAUAGGCGAGGAGCCAGACGAGAAGGAAGGAAGGUAGCUUAACACGAUUUAAGCCUCAAGCUAUUCAUACCGUAGGCUCCAACGAACCGGAACCCCACCACGAUACCCAGCCUGGAUAGCGCACAUGUGACCCACACAAACCAGUUAGAGUUAAACCCAAUAAAACCCGACGUAUUCCACGUAUUCAGCUGGCAUGCUUAAGCUUCCUGCAACUUUAGACACCCAAUUAGUUUGGGGCUUCUUUAAUUAAAGCAGUGUCCUUUAUGCUUUCUUUUCUGCUUUUUGUUGUCGCUGUCAUUCUCACAGUAAUAUCAUCCAAAAUGGCCGCAUCCAUUUAUGCCACCCCACCGCCGGAUCUGAGCAGCGAGGACACAGCGCUCUCCGAUGUCUCCAACUCAUCCACACUCAACACAAAUCGCGGCGGCGGCAGCAGCAACAACAGCACCAGCAACAACAACAACCCACAUGAAGCCACAGCAGCAGCAGCAACAGCAGCAGCAGCAGCAGCAACCACAACAGCCACAGAAAUGUCACCCACUCAGCAACCGCACUUGGUCGCGGAGUCCAAGUCCAAGCUGAGCGCCACGGGAAGCAACACAAAUGAGGCAGACGAAGCUGAUGGCGAGGAGGAGGAUGAGGGCGACGGCGACGGCGACGGCGAGGUCGAGGCAGCUGGCGCUUUGGAUCAAACGGCAAUGGCCGCAAUGGCCGCUGCCGCAGCAAAUGCAGCAGCCAUGCAGCUGCAGCUGCUGGAGGCGCUCAACGAUGCGGCCAAGAAGCGACGCAAGCAACACAAUCCCAGUCGUCUGGAGGCGCUCAAUCUGAGCGGCGCCGAGACGGACGAGGGUGCCGCUAAAGCAGCCACAGCGGAGCCAGUGAUCGACUACGAGGAGAAACUGUCGAAAAUGCUACUGCCCAAGUCCAUUGAAAAGCUGAAGGAGACAUUCGAGCUGCUGCAGCAGCAGAAGCUACAGCCCGAAGACAUAUCAGAAGCAGAGGAGAAGCAGCAGCUGGAACAGCAGCAGCAAGUGGAACAGCAGCAAUCGCCAAUAAAUCCCUAUCAGACCUACUGCAAGCAGUGCGGUGAGAACUUUGAGACUGAGUUCAAGCUCAGUCUGCAUAUGCUGCAGGAUCAUCAACAGGAGCAGCAGCAGCAGCAGCAACAGUUGUCAUCGCAACAGCAGCAACAGUUGGCGUCAGACGAGCCCAUGGACUUGCUGGCCAACAUUCAAGUUAAACUGGAACGUGCUGACAGUCCCACGCAGCUGGAGCUGCAGCAGCAACAGCAGCAGCAGCAGCAGUUGGAACUGGCCAAUGGACAUGCCAUCAACAACAAGGAGCACGAGCACUGGCUGCAGGCUAUGGCACAGCAGCACCAGCAGCAACAGCAGCAGCAGCACCAACAGCAGCUGCCGGGCAUGCCGCCCGCCUUUGCAUUUCCGCCGGAGGCAGCUGCUCUAGGCUGGCCACUGUUGGGCAUGCCCGGCUUUGGGGGCGUCGAGGGGCUCAAUCGGCCGCCGCUACGCAUCUUCAAUCCGGAGGCCUAUUGCGAGCUGUGCAACAAGGAGUUCUGCAACAAAUACUUUCUCAAGACGCACAAGGCCAACAAGCAUGGCAUCUUUGAUCCCGCCGGCGAUUUGGCCACGCCCAACAACAAUAUCAGCAACAUCAGCAACAACAACAACAAUAGCAGCAGCAGCAACAACAACAACAACAACAACAACAACAACAACAACAUCAACAAUAGCAGCAGCUGCAGCAGCUCCACUUCCAUGUUCCAACAGCUGCAAAUGCCGCGCGAGCCGCCGCCGCCGCCGCUGCCGCCAACACAAAAGCCCGAGCCACAAUUGACGCCACCGGCGCCACCGGCGGUGCACUGCGAUAUCUGCUCGAAGCGCUUCACCAACGUCUUUGCCAUGCGCCGGCAUCGCGCCAAGCAGCACGAGCAACCAGCCACACCCACAGCCUCACCGACGCCCCAGACGACGCGACGCGGCAGCCCCAACGAACAACCACAACCUGGACAGCCGCCAGCCACAAUGCAGCAACAGGUCAAGCAGGAGCCCAUGCCGGAUUCCGAACAGAAGCCCUAUCAGCUGCCGGAAGGUUUUCGCGAGGACUUCACCCUGGAGCAGGAGGAGCUGGCCUUUGCGCCGCCACCGCGCAAGCUGCCGGCCCAGCUGCAGCAGCAGGCGCGCGACGCCAGCUGCGCGCCGGAGAAACUGCGCCGUCUGGGCGUCCAGCUGCCGGAGGCAUUCUGUGAGCUGUGCUGCAAGGAGUACGCGAAUCGUUACUUUCUGCGCACGCACAAAUGGAAGCGUCAUGGCGUGUUUGUGCCGCCCGAGGAUGUAGGCAAGGAGGAGCAGCAGCCGCUCAUGCCCGCCGGCUGGCCAUUCAUGCCGCUCAAUCUGAUGCUGGCCAAGGCAGCCGCCGAACAGGAGCAGCAGCCCGAGCAGGAACCCGAGGAACAGCAGCAGCCGGAGGAGCAGCCACACAAGCGCAUCAAACUGGAGCCCUACGACGAGUCGACGCCACCGGAAAAGCUGGACAGCUCAGCGAUGGGCCUGCAGAAUCUGCAGAAGCUGCAGUCGAUGCUGCAGCAGCUCAACGAUUUCAAUGGUAAGCGACCGCUGCCGUGCCACCUGUGCGGCCGGGAGCUGGAGCAUCAGUAUGCGCUGCGUGCACAUCUCAUGACCGAGCAUGCUGGCCAGCUGCUGCCCGAGGGCCAUCCCAUGCUCUACCAGCAACAGCAGCAGCAGCAGCCACAGUUGCCGCUCAAGUUGUCGCCGUUGGGCGGCGGCGGAGGUGGCGGUUCGCCCGGCGCUGCGGUCACGCCCACAUCGACGGCUAAUGAGCUGCGCUGCCAACAGUGCGAGCGCGAGUUUGCCACAACACAGGAAUUUAAGCAACAUAUCGCCGAGGUGCAUCUGGGCCGCAUACCCGGCACCAGUCCGCUGCGCGAGGGCUUCUUUACGCCGGAGCGUGCCACGGUGCCGGCUGCUGGCGGCGCUGCCGCUGUGCCGCCGCGUGCCGCCUACACCAUAACACCGACGUCCAGCUACUGCGAGAUCUGCAACAAGGAGCUGUGCAACAAGUACUUCAUGAAGACGCACAUGCAGCGCAUGCACGGCAUUGAGAUCGAGAACGGCGCUCAGAUCGGCGGCGUCGUCUGCAACAUAUGCAACAAGGAGCUGUGCAGCAAGUACUUUUUGCGGGUACACAAGCACAACACGCACGGCAUCAUCGAGGAUGGUGCUCCACUGCCCCAGCCGCGUGGCAGCGCCCAGAACGGACUCAAGGCCGAGGCACAGCAGCAACAGCAACAGCAGCAGCAGCAGCAACAACAGCAACAGCUGCUGGAGCCGGAGAUUAAUUUGACGCCGAUUGGCAGCGACUCCAGUGCCGGUAACGAGCUGUGCCCGCUGUGCGCCCGCCAGUUCCGCAGCGCCAAGUGGCUGCGCACGCAUCUGAUGAACGAGCACGGUGCCGCGGGCAUCGAGAAGCUGCGCGACUUGGAACAGUCACAGCCACAGAGCGGCGCCGGCAGCAAGCCGAACAGUCCCACGCUCAAGAUACCCAAUGGCAACACCGCUGGCGCCAUCGCCGGUGUCAGUCCAGCCAACAAUCUUGCCCAGGCACUGCAGAAUGCGCAACAGCAGCUGUUUGGCCAGAUGCAGCUGCCCAAGGGUAUGCCGCUGCCGCUUCCAUUGCCGGGCAUGUUCGAGCAGACGCCACGCUUCAAGGAAUAUCAGUGCUCGCUCUGUCCCUUCACUACGCCCUACUAUGCAUUCCUCUUUAUACACGAGCGCUCGCAUGCGCUGCUCAACAAUGGAGGCGAUGUUGAGACGCAUGUGGCCGCCGAGGCGGAGCCGCCACGCAACGAACGAGACAGAUCCUUUGCCUUAGUGCAGGGCAAGGCCAGGACCAAGCCAGGCCGCGAGCGAGCCGACCGAGCCGAUGUGGAGCACAACGAGCCCACGAAUCUGACCACCAACAACAGCAGUAGCAACAGCAGCAGCAGCCAAAGCAAUACAAAGGCUGCCACGCCCACGCCCACGCCCACAACGAUACACUCACCAGGCACAGUUGCCGCCUCGCCGAAAGCGCGUUCCGCAACCGUGACACCGACGCCAGGACGACGCAGCACCAUCAACUCGAAGCCCGGCACGCCCAACGGCAUCAAUGCCCAACGCUCGGCGGCCACCUCGCCGUUUGAGCUGUGCAGCGAUCUGGCCAAUGGCAGCGGCAAGCCGGCCAGCUAUGCGCAGCCGGACAAGUCCGAGGAGGCAUAUCAGAUGCAGGCCUUCCAUUUGACGCCCGCCGACGGCGAUGCGGAGGGUCUGUUUGCGCCCGCGCUCGUCUAUUUGCCGGUGCGCGUACGCGCCUCGGAGUCGACCACACUAAGCUUUAGGCUAACACCAGCCUAAGCUUGCCCAGAGUUGGCCACAGGCACCGAUACACACACAAAUCCAAAAUCAACACAAGAGUGUUGCCAGCGUAUGUAAGUUAAAGCCCAACCGUUUUGUUUAGAACCUUUUACAACAAUAAUAGCACAAUGACACGAGCCUUAAAUGAUGCCUAAUCAUAGGAUUAAUCUGUCAGAGCAGGACAGCAAGAGAUGCCUUUUAAAAAAUAUACAAGUCGCAGGCAUAAAUCAAAAGGAGUGAAGGCCUGAAGCUUAAGUGAGCGCCACGUGAAAUACAAAACACAAUUGAUUUAGCUUUAAUUUUCAAUCGAGUAAAAAACUUUUAAGCUUUAAGCGCAAGUCGACAUUAAUGAGCUUUGAGAGCUUUUUGCUUCAUUCAAAGAUUUCUAGUUAUUUGAAAAAUCAAAUUUUCUUGAUGUUUUUUUUUUUUUCUUAAGAUUUAAUCCUCUGAUUAGGUUAUAAAGUCUGCCAGUGUCAUUGAGCUUUUAACGAAAGCAACAGCCGGCCACAGUGGUGGCAAGCAGUUAUCGUCCCACUACCCCAGCCCGUUAACCGACAAGAAGACAAGACAAAAUAGUGGAACUACAAAAGACUGAGUGCGCAUAUUAGUUGAGCUCAUUAAAGUAAAGUUUAUAUACAAUAGCUAUAUAGCUACGGCAAUUACAGAUCUGCAGAUCUACAAGUAUGUGGCAUAUAUAGUGCAAAAUUAAUGCGUUUUGUGUUAAACAUGAAAGCAACUACAAGAAAAAAUGAAAUAUCUAUAAUCAAAACAAAUAACAAGUCCGUUUCAGCUGGCAACACUGUGUGCUAAAAACAUAUUUUUUUAUAAAUCCAUAACCAAGAUAACAUGAUAAAAAUCAAAU